AUGGCAACACCUCCCGAACAACCAUGGUCCUCCCACGAGAAGAACUACCUGCUGGCCGAAAUCAUCAAGGCAGCACAUCCUCCGCCCGAUGUGUUACUCAACCUGUUACGGAGUAUGAACAUACAGCCUCGAUGGGACGAGAUUCCACUACCACCAGGUCGUUCGCUAAAUUCUUGCCGCUACGCCUUCGAUGAAUUGCGGAGAUCCCUGUCAAUGCAGCAACAGAUCGCGGCGCCGAACAUAUCCACGCCACUGUCGGCGCCGGUCUCACUCAAGAGACCUUUCCAAUAUGAGGGACCAUACUCUGCUGGUCCCAGUGGCCGCGAGAUACGACCCAAGCCAUCGCUCGCCCUACCAACGUACUCUCAACCUUCUCCCACAGAGCCGCCUCCGAAACGAAAGCGUGGUCGACCUACCAAAGCAGAGGCGCAGGCAAAGGCAGAGGCGGCUGCUGCGCUUAGUGGUGGCGAUCCAGGUCCGUUGUCUGCAACAACAGCUUCUCGGCCAUCGACAUCGACGUCUACACCUGCGCCCAUGGCAGUCACAAUCACAUCUGCACCAACAGCAGAAGCAAAGUUGCCGCCUGCCACACGCAUGCCAAUUGCUGCCAUGCUCACACCCUCUGCAGGCGAACCGAAAAGCGCAAGUCAUUCCAGCUCGUCAUCUGGCAAAAGACGGCACGCGAGAUCGACCAAAGACGAGCCAGAAGGCAGUCCGACCGCACGCGCUGGUACUGGGUACGAUUCACCCUAUGUGCGAGCAGCAGGCACCACUGAGGAUAGUCCGGCAAGGACUGCGGUGUUGCGACACCGUCCUGGGGAUUUGACGAACCCUCCACGAUUCGCCCCGUCCGAAACAGCGGCUGAAGCUAACAGAGAAGCAUAA